UCCCAUUGGCUCAUCUCUAGGGAGGAACGAGUAAACUACAUUUCCCGGCGUGCCCCGCGGUGGCUCCCUCUUUCCGGCCGACGUGUCUCUUAGUGGGAGUAGCGGGUGAGAGGGCAGCGACAUGGCGCCUCCGGCUCCUUGCUCAGCCUCUGGAGGCUCCGGGGAGGUGGACGAGCUGUUCGACGUGAAGAAUGCCUUCUACAUUGGCAGCUACCAGCAGUGCAUCAACGAGGCGCAGCGGGUGAAGCCGUCAAGCCUGGAGAGAGAUGUGGAAAGGGAUGUCUUCCUGUACAGAGCGUACCUGGCACAGAGGAAGUACGGCGUGGUCCUGGAUGAGAUCAAGCCCUCCUCGGCCCCAGAGCUCCAGGCCGUGCGCAUGUUUGCUGAGUACCUGGCUAGCGACAGCCGGCGGGAUGGGAUCGUGGCCGAGCUGGACCGGGAGAUGAGCCGGAGCGUGGACGUGACCAACACCACCUUCCUGCUCAUGGCUGCCUCCAUCUACUUCCACAACCAGAACCCGGACGCAGCCCUGCGCACCCUGCACCAAGGGGACAGCCUGGAGUGCAUGGCCAUGACGGUGCAGAUCCUGCUGAAGCUAGACCGCCUGGACCUCGCCCGGAAGGAGCUGAAGAAAAUGCAGGACCAGGACGAGGACGCCACCCUCACCCAGCUGGCCACCGCCUGGGUCAGCCUGGCUGUGGGUGGUGAGAAGCUGCAGGACGCCUACUACAUCUUCCAGGAGAUGGCCGACAAGUGUUCGUCCACCCUGCUGCUGCUCAACGGGCAGGCAGCCUGCCACAUGGCCCAGGGCCGGUGGGAGGCCGCGGAGGGCGUGCUGCAGGAGGCGCUGGACAAGGACAGCGGCCACCCUGAGACGCUGAUCAACCUCAUCGUCCUGUCCCAGCACCUGGGCAAGCCUCCCGAGGUGACAAACCGCUACCUAUCCCAGCUGAAGGACGCCCACAGGUCCCACCCCUUCAUCAAGGAGUACCAGGCCAAGGAAAACGACUUUGACCGGCUGGUGCUGCACUACGCCCCCAGCGCCUGAGACCAGCCCCAGACGCGUUUCCGGAGCUGUGGGGAUACAAGGCCAGGGCUGUGCUGCCCUCUCGACCGGGCACUUGCUCUUUGGCCAGAAGCAGAGGCUGGAAGCCCAGCCCAGCCCCCUUUUGUCAAUAAAUGUCUCUACUCCAGGUAUCCC